AUGUUAGAUUCUAGUGAACCUGUUACUCGUGCUAGACUACUUGCGUCAUCUACAAAAGAAUCUUCAAAGUGGCUGCAGGUUGUCCCAUCGAGUCAACUAGGUUUACUAUUAGAUAACAAUGCAGCGAGAAUUGCUGUUGGUCUUCGUUUAGGAUCCCAGUUGUGUGAAGAGUACAAGUGUAAUUGUGGUGCUGUGGUUAAGAAGGACGGAUUUCCCAAUAUUUUGCAACCACCUGGUAUUUCUAGAGACGACGGUAAAAGACCUGAUGAACUGACUGAAUUAGGUGUGAGUUUGAAUGGCGGAGUCCAGCGUGAAACCAUUCCCCGACACGUAGCGCUUACGAAAGUCUACCAACACGAGGAUCUGAAAAGUGAACUCAACAAAAUUUUUAACGACUUUUGGCAAAGUAUGAUUGUCAAUACAAACAUCUUGGCAUAUUCCGACGACGACAAACAAUCCCUUUCGUUGCACACAUAUUUUCCUUUCGCUGCUUCUCAUUGUCGCAAAAUUGUGCCAGUCAUUUGGGAUAGCUUUAAAAGUGACCAUUUCGUGCAAAACGAAAAGCAACUGUUUCCAUUCAAGACUAACGACUUAUUCCAAUGUCCACUAUCAAUUCUUGUGAUGCCCUACCGACCUUACAUAAGUGUAACGAAAAAUGGUUCGAAUGGAAUUCACGUCUAUGGAAUCGAAUACAACGUGUUGCAUGAACUGUCGCAAAGAAUGAAUUUUCAACACAACUUUUCGUUUUAUCCCGGACCACUCGGAAUUAUACAUGACAAUGGAACUAGCACCGGACUGUGGAAGUUGGUUUCAGAAAGAAAAUACGAUAUGGGAUCAGCAGGAUUAGUUGCAACACCUCUUCCUAGGAAAAUAUUAAGCUUCACCAAACCGUUUUCAUACGAUAACGUUGUAUUGGUUUUACCGAAUCCCACUCCAUACAGCGCAUUCGAAACUCUGUUCUUUCCGUUUAACUUUACGGCCUGGAUCCUCAUAGCAAUAACGCUUAUUAUCGGGACUGCAACCAUAAAAUUGCUUGAAUGCAACAGAAAACUGUACUACAAAUUCAUUGUCGGGACAAGAAAUCCGAAUCCGUAUUUCAAUUUAUUUUCUGCGUUACUAAAUGGCAAUGCAUUCUACGUACCGAAUGGAACUUUGGCUAGAUUUCUGCUCAUGGUAUGGAUUCUCACUUCCAUGGUCGUUCGAACCAUGUAUCUGGGGCAAUUGUUCACUUUUAUCAACAUGAACAAAACGGUGCCGAGUGCUGCAAACAUUGACGAAUUGAUAAACAGAAGAAUUACAAUAACACUGGACGAGGAUGGCUACGGUCAAUUUUUUAAAUUCGACCAUCGACUGGCAAAGCUGCUAAACUUUUAUAAUAUGAGUGCCGACACCGGCACCGAUUAUGAUUUCGUUGCUGAAUCAGAUGCCUACGCCUUGCUAGAAACGCGCCUCGUUUCUGAAACGCUUCGGAAAAGUUCUGAACAACGGCUCAACUUACCCAAACCAAAAACUAUCAGAAUAAUUUCAACUGCCCACGUCAUCAUGUUACCGCAGCGUUUUUACUUGAAGGACACAAUGGACGAGAAAAUCACUGAAAUGAAUGAAUUCGGCUUAACAUCCGAUUGGGAUAGACCAUUUAAAGAGGCCGCGCUAGUUAACAACGUCGAUAAAAGUAUUCAACGGAAAUUGAAUAUGUCGCAGAUACUUGGCCUGGUGCAAAUAUGGUUGGGUCUGUUGAUCUUGUCGACUGUCGUUUUUAUUUUAGAAUUACUAUGUGACUAUUCGGUAAGACAUGCCAAUGUUGCGCAGACCAUUUAG